AAAUAGGUAGUAGGCCAUGUCGGCCGACUUUUCGAACGAUGUAUCCCGAAUACAGGAUGAAGAUGUUCUUCGUAAAAUGUGGCAAGAAACAGAAGACUUUGGACUAAAAAAGGAAAUAAGGUCGCACAUGUACAAACUUAGGGAACAACGACUACGAGAAUUUUAUAACAACGGUGACAUCACUUCCGAAAUAAGGACUACAGUUGAAACUAAUGGUAAACCAAGCAAUACACAAACGCAUACGGACUCUUUAGUUGAUUACAGUUUCAUGAGCUUGAAAGAUAAAGAAACCAGAGAUUCAGAAUCACCAACGAGGGAUAUGAGUUACAAGGAUACAGACAAACAAACUGAUUAUGGAUGGCAAAUUAUUUCUUCUGAGGAAACGAGCGGUGAUGGUAAAACUAGAACCAGUUCAGUACUCGCAACAACAGCUGGAGUUGAGAAAAUAGAUGGUGGUAAAAUUGACUUCGCAGCAAAAAAUAAACAAAUUGAUGAGGUAUAUCAAGAUGGCGAUGAUAAGAAUUUUAUCAAGUCUGUAGGCACACAAUCCAACACAUUAGUCAAACAAGAGGCGGUGGGAGGUGAUGAAAAUAGUAAUUUCCAAACAAGUUCCACUAAAAUGUCAUCUGCAUCUCGUGUAGUUAGUAAACAAAAGUCUUCAUUUCAAGACAUCCCAAGUAACAUUGAUGAUAUAAAAACGACUGUCACAAAAAAAAAAUAUAAAAAUGAUGUUCCAAGUGAUCUGAAGAAGCAUCCGGACUUCGUUGAAGGAAAAACGAAAGUAACCAAAGAAACGAAGACUCUUCCUGAUGGUACAGUCGUAACUACUACAAGAUAUGAAAUCAAAGGAGAAAAUAAGAAUCAAUCAAUACAAAACUAUUCCUCAAAUGUAAGCAAUUCGAUAGAGCAAACUUCGUCGUCUGUAAUAUCUUCAGAAACACAUUCAACCAAAUCCACUAAUGAUCAAAUAGUGGAAGAGAAAAUACUCGCUAUCAAAGACAGACAUGAAAAUGAAGAUAUAAAAUCUUCACACCAGAAUAAAAAGAGUUCUGAUCAACUAACAAAAUCAAUAAAGAGUCAUACUGAUACUCAGAGAGCAUUCAGCAAGAAUCGUGAAAAUAACCUUGUCAAACCCAAUGAUGAUGCGCGAGAUUUACCUAACCAAAAACCUGAACUUCCAGAUUAUCAGAUUCUGGAAAACAUCAGCAACGUGAAAAAUAACCAAGAAUACGUGAGAGAGAGCAAUAAUAUUUCACAUGAAACCAUAAUAACAGAAAGCGAACGCGAACAGAAAAAUCAUGUCGAAAGUCCUAAAAUGCAAUAUGUUCCUUCAAAAAUUAUUGAUACAAAUGUGAAAAAAAACGAAAAAUCUUCAAAGACCAUUUCUCAUGAACUAUCUUCACAAUCUGGCGAGAUAACACAUGAAAAAAUGAUAUCGGAUCAGUUCUUAAAUUUGGAAUGUGGUGAUGAAAUGAAAACUGUAGAUGAGAAAUGCGAAGGGAAAAGUACAACAAAACCCAUCAAAGAAACAACCAUCAAAAAAUAUCCUUCAAAUAAUUAUAGUGAAACGGAAACUCAAGAUCGUCCAAAAAUAGAACAAAACAAAAUUAUAAAAACACAAUCGAGUGAGACUACCGAAACUAAUGAUUUAUAUUACGAAACCACAUAUAAACGUGAAUAUAUGAACAGGAAAAUAAGUGUUGAAGUAAGUCCAACUCAUGACACAUUCGCUCGUUCAUUGAGAUCUGUAUCCCCUGAAAGAAUGACUAGUCGAGAAAGUCGUGUGUCAAGCAAUUCCUCUCUAAAGAGUAGUACUAGUCUAGGAAAUCCCCUGAGAUAUUCUCCAGAACGUCAACCGAGAGACAGAAGUUGCAGUCCUAAAAAGUCUAUGGAUCGUUUAUCUAAUACCGAAUCUGUUACCUGUUCCAAAACAUGUCCUGAAAGGAAACCACUCAGAAAAUCAUCACCUACCAAGGAAACUGUAACAAACGGAAAUUCAACAAUAAGACAUACAAAGGAGAACACAUAUGGACGUAAUAUGAGUGAACCAAUAUCUGUGAAAAAAAAAUCUACCCCUGAUAUCAAUACAAAGAAUGAUAUAGAUUCCAGGACACUUACUAGAAAAAAAAACAACUUGAGAUCUAGAUCUCCGUCACCUGCUUUUACCAUUGCAAGUGAAAUAGAAUAUUUCAAGAAUGCUGAUGAUGUUAUUACAGAUUUGGACGAGGAAACAAUAACUCAAGUCACUAAUAUUGUGAAUGAGCACCAAAUUCAUAAUUUCGAUAAAAGACCAACAACUUUGGAAAUAACAAAGAAAACAAUAAAAAUUACUGACAGAUCGCCUACGUCGCCACUCACAGAUAUUAUUUCACCGAAAAAAUCACCCAAUAAAGAAGUUGUUCGAAGAAAUAGUCUGAGAUCUCCAACUAAAGAAGCUUCAGAUGACAAAACUUCAAAAUACUCUCCUUCAGAAUACCGUCCACUAGUGAGAACUGAUACAUAUGAAGAGAGAUGUCGCCAAAUACUUGGUAUUACUGACAAUACAGAAAAGAGAAAAAUCAGUUUAGAGAAAUCUAAACGAGACGCAUUAACUAAAACCGAACACAUACAAUCAAUUGAAAUAGGAAAUUCUAGAAAAAUCACGUCUUCUGAGAAGUCUCCUGUAAAACCAGAUGAUACAUGGGGAAAAAAGAGCCCAACAAAACCAAAAGCUACAGAAAAUAUUACUGUAAAUCGUCCAAGAAGUGUAAGUCCAAGUAAAACUACUACGAAUGUAUCGUCAGACAUUAUUCCGCAGACAAAGCAAUACUCUAUGAAAUCUCCCAAAAAAACAACAAUGAAGCCAUACUCUAAAGAAAACAGCCCAACAAGAGUAUUAGAAACUUUUUCCAGAGACUCUACCAAACCAGAUUACCAGAAAAGAUAUGAAAAAGAACAUCGUGAAAAAUCUCUUCUGAAAAACAAUGUAGAAGUCAUGUUAAAACCCACGGAACAGGUAAACAAAUUUGAAAAAUCUCUGGAAGAGCAACCUAAAAAGCAUCAUUCUGAAAAGGAUUGUAAAACCGCUAGUACAACUGAAAAAUCUCCUUUAAAAGAAUCCCUUUCCAGUAAAGAAGAAAAAAAAAUAUCCCAAAUAACAAAAUAUCCAUCUCAAAUUGAAAAAAAUCCACAUAAACCAUCAUUGAACCCUUCUCCAGUUGAAGAUAUUCAGUCGAGAGAAGCACCUGAACUUUCAGAAUAUCCAUCUCAAAUUGAAAAAAUUAUUAUCAAGGAGCCUUCAGAAUCAUAUACCCGUGCAGACAAGAGGAUUCCGGACAAAGAUACCCAAAAAAAUAAUAUUUCAGAUCUACCCGAAAUUGAAAAAUUUACAGUAAAUGGAUCUUCAGAAAUGAUUGAAAAUCCAUCUCAAAUAGAAACAUUUUUAUUGAAGGAACAUCUUCAGUCAUUUCCAAUAAAGAAACCUCGCGAAUCAUCUCCAGGCAAAAAGAUUUCAAAAAAAGAAACGUCUGAAAUUCAGGAAUACAGAUCACAAGUUAAGAAACCAUCGGAAGGUGAACGAGAUGAAUUUUACCACCCCUCCCGAAAUCCAAUGAAUGAAGUUUCCAAAAUUACAGAAUAUUCACAACGAAUCCCUGUGAAAGAUAAAUCUAAAAAAAAAGCAACUGAAAAUACAGCAUCAGUAUCCCAAGUAAACAUAUCCUCAAUCAAAAAAACAUAUACAAAAAAAGAAACGAUUGAUUUACCUGAAAAAAAAUAUUCAAAAACGGGACACUAUGUAGAACAAGAACCCAAAUCAACAAAUGUUUCUUCACUAUUCAAAGAUGAACCCAAGGGAUAUAAAAAAACUAAAACAAAGAAUCAACCAGAAACAAUUGAAUACGAUAAUCAAGAAAAUACCAUAGAAAACAUAAGCAAGGUCAAGGAACAAGCUACAGUCGAACCAAUUUCCUAUCUGGACGAACAAAUAAAACAAAAUAAAUUGGCACACCCAACGAAUUUUUCUUCCAAAAACUCCGAAGAACUAGAAACACUUUUCACGAAACAGAAUAUUCCUUAUUUGGGAAAUGGGAUUGCGGUAGAGGAACCCUUGGUUACUAAAAAGUUUUUGAAUCAACUUUGCCAUGAUGAUGGAAUUGAAAGAAAUAAUAUAACCCAAAAUAUUAUUCUAAAUGUUAACGAAAAUAUUGAAAAUCCCUAUACGCAGAAACCACGUGAUAAAAAAGUGACAACAAAAAAAAUCAUUGAAAAGGAACGUAACCUCCCAGUUGCAAAUAAUAAUCAUAAAAGCCCUCAAAUGAAGAUAUCCUCAAAUGAAAAACCAAGCACCAGGUCGGUGGAUGAAAAUAAAAUCAGAAUAGAAAAACAUAAAACUGAUCGAACCAAUAAAACAUAUUUAGAGAAAUCAAUAGAUUACACUGAUAAAUAUUUUAAACCUCAUGUGAAAGAAACUACCAAACCAAGAUUGGAUAAGCAUUCAAAACCAACUGCUUCACCUGAUUCCAAAAUACCUAAAGACGCCCUCCAUGUACAAAAGACAUCUACUAAAACCAAUACUGUCACCACAAAAACCAUCAAGGUGAAACCAGAAAUAAAUGGAGAAGUAGGAAAAAAAAUCAAAACCAAAGAAUUUGUGAAGCCACUUACUGGAAAAACAAAAUCAACAAUUAUUGUGCAGCCAAGUAACAAAAUACCUAGUUCACAAAAGCCAGAUCAGCAUCCGAACACUUCCAAUUCAAAAUAUAUUACAACUGUGAAAAAAACCAUUAACACACCAGAACAAAAUGUGAGAUCUAAGCCUAAAUCAUUCACCAAAUCUAUUGUUGAUAUCAAAAAAACCCGUGACACUCCAAUUGUUAAACACCAAUAUGACGAAUUUGCAACUAAGAGGAAUGUAGUAACAACUACAAUCUCCUUAACAACACAAACAAAACCCAAUAGUGCAAAAUCACAUAUUGAAAAUACAAUUAUUACUCAAAAGAAAAUCAUAAAACCGUCAAAAUCAGUACAUUCAAGAUCUGAGAAACAAUCUGACGUGAAUAAUAUUUCUGACUCAGAAGAACACUCUGUCAUCGAUAGCAUGGAAGGUUCAAUUAUUGAUGUUUCGAAAAAAAUUGAAGAAAAUGAAACAGACCAUAUUAUAGAUAUGCUAUCAACAAACAACAGUAACACUGAAGUAGUUUAUCCAGAAGUUAAUAGAGUUGGAAGAAAAUAUGAAAAAAAAUGUAUAACUACAAAGACGGUAAUAAUUAAUAACAACGAAUCUCAGGAUAGAGAAAUUAUUGUUGAUUUACAACGAUCCACAUCAUCACGUGAACCAACUCCAGACAGACUGUGUCCCGUUCCACUAUCUUCCGAUGAAGAACCCAUUGAUAUUCCUAGAUAUCCCGAUGAAGUUAUUGAACCUGACGAUGGCAUUUUCGAAAGAAAACCAAAGAAACUUUCAGAUAUUCCGAUUAUUGAAUCGGAGGGUACUAAAGAAUUCUCUCGAUUCAUUGAGGUAACUGAUAGUAAAUUAAUUACUGAUAUUGAUAAAGUUGAAGAGACGGAUGAUAGUUUAUUGAGCGUUAACAAAAAGAUCAGUAAAUUUUCCGAUAAUGUUGAAAAAACUGAAAAGGAAUAUAAAAAGUUAGGUCCAGCACCCAAAGUCGAAAGACAAAAAUUAGAAAUCACUGAAGAUUUAGAAUCCGAUGAUUGUCUUCUUAGUGUUUCAGACAAAGUAACCAAGUUCAUUUUAACUGCCGAAGACCUUAUCACUCAUAAGAAACCUCAGAUUCGCCCAAAAAGUCCAAAGUAUAGAAAUAAUCCAGACGACAAAAUUGAAUCGAAUAGUGACCUUUUCCAAAAUUCACCACAUUCAAAUCAGUUGACCAAAAAUAGGCGUGAAUCAGUACCCAAAACACCAAAAAAAGCUGACAGCAAUAGAGAGAUUUGUUCAAAGGAUGAUUAUACAUUGAGUGGUACAGAUAAAGUUUCCAAAAUAAUUUCUACUGCAGAAAAAAUGGCAAGUAAAAAUGACGCUCCAGUUAGUUUAGACAGGAUAGAAAUUCAACCAAAACGUGACCCGGAUGAAAAAUUUCCUGAACGAAAAAUGCCACUACGAGGUGUUCCCGAUUCUGUUGAUACGAGAUUUAUGGAGAAAACCAACAUUGUCAUUCUAAAAAACUUACCAACUGAAAAGCAAACUAAACAAGAAGCAAAAAUGCCAAAUAUAGAUAAAAAAUGUCAAAACGCUGAAGGAAGAACCUCACCAACGAAAAAAAAUCCAUCUGAUUGUGUUAACAAGACGCUUAGUCCUACCCGAAAACCUUCAACAGAGUGUCGGUCACCAAUGAAGUAUAUUUCGAAAGAUCACGUCGAAGUUUUCCCUACUAAAAACGAAGAGAAGGAUUCUCCACCCGAUACAAUUGAAAGUACACCGACCAGACGCCCUUCAAAUGAAUACUCUAGCAUCAAACAAUCUAAGAACCAAGAUGUCAAAUUCUCUCGAAAGGAGGACGAACCAGCUGAUAGUACGCCAAAAUCAAUUAGAAAACCAUCGCGUGAGGAAGUUAAACCGAUUCUGAGUACAACAGGUCGUAUGAGGAGUACAGAAAGUAUCAAGAAAGCUAAAGCUGUGUUCGAAAAUAUAUCCACUAGUGAACAAGUCUUUAAACGAACUGGCGGUUCUACAAAGCCAAUGGUAUCCGACAAACGAAAUGUUAAUACACCAGUUGGUAACACUUUCAUGAAUAAUACAAGACGAUUGUCCCGAAAAAAACUGAAUUAUGAUGACAACGAUGAAGAUGUACCCACUGAAACGAAAUUAGUACUGAUCAAAACCUCUACUAGAUCUGACUCUCCUGAAAAAAAAUUAUCUAGAUCUGCCUCUUCUGAGAAACCUGAAGAUCGCGAUACUUUGCCUGAUCGUCGUGAUCUCCCUCAUUAUAUGCUUCCUUUAGAUAGGAAGCUCAGUUUGCAUGAGGAAGAUAACAAUGCAGUUAUAUUACACUCCUCUCCAACUCCGACAUCAGUUGAAAAUAAAUCAAAAAUUACAUUUGGGGUGACCUUGAGAAACACCGAGCCGUGUAGAGUUGUUACCACCACGACCAGUACUGCAACUUCUCGUCAAAGAGAAAGUUCUAGAUCGAACUCACCUGAAAAAACAAGAAAUCGCGGAUCAUCUCCCGAUCUCGGUGAUACUCCUCAUUAUAUGUCACCCUUAGACAGGAAUCUUAGACUCCAAAGUCCACAUGAAGAAAAUUAUUCUUCAGUUGAAACGUCAACACCUACGCUAGAUGAAGAAUCAAAAAUUACAACAUUUGGAGUAACCUUAAAAAGGACCGAACCUAGUAGGUCAAUAACCACUACAACUAGUACUGUAACAUUUCCUCGGAAGGAAACUUCGAGAUCACAAAAAAAAACGAAAAAUCGUGAAUCAUUCCCCGAUCAUGAUGAUAUUCCCCAUUAUAUGCUGCCGUUAGAAAGGAAUCUCAUACCUCAGAGUCCACACGAAGAAAUAACAUCAGACGGAGAAACGAAGAAAUCCCAAACUGGUAAAACAGAAACUACUACAAUUAACACCUCUUCUCGAAAAGAUAUUUCUAGAUCUACCUCUCCCGAUAAACCAAAAAACUUUGUACCACCCGCCGAUCUUGAUAUUCCCCAUUAUAUGCUUCCUUUAGACAGAACUAUUAGGCCACAUAGUCCACAGAGAGAAGGUAAUGAUGCAACUACAUUUCCAACCUCGCCAACGCCUAUCGAAAACGAGUCAAAAACUACAAAAUUUGGAGUUACCCUUAAAAGAACCGAUUCUGGAAGAGUAGUCACUACUAAAACCAAUACUACAACUACCUCCCAGGAACAGAAAAAAAUUGCAAUCACUUCAGAUAAACAUAUUACCGAAGAGGACAUCGAAGAUAUAUUUGAGCUUUUUGUGCUAGAUGAACUGCACGAAAAAGUUGAGGGCUAUGAACUUCGCAGAAAAAUACGUGCUCAAAUACGUUUGGUGAAAAAGUUGAUAUCAGAAAACAGUUUGACUAUUCAUAUAGCGAGAAGAAAGGCCGCAAAUAAUAAUACUGAACGAAAAACAAGUCCCGUCAAACCAAACCAUCCGGUCGAAUCAAGAGGAACCGAUAUAUAUAAGAUUUCAGAUCAUGAGACAAAAAAUGUUAGGAGAGCCAGUCUAGACAGAAAACCGAGUCCAAACAGAAAACACAAAGAUAUAAAACUGCUUACCAGUAGUACACUGGAUAGCAAACAUGUUGAAGAAACAUCUCAAUCCUCAGAUACAUACAACGAACGACGUGUAUCAGCAGAUUAUACGACAAAAGUUCAGAGAAGUGAAAGUCCGGAAAUGAAAUCACGAAAAUUCAGUCCAAAAAGAAAAUUAUCUGAUAAAAAGCUACCUCAUACCGAGAUUGUAGACAAAAAACAAAUGGAAAGUUCGUUAUAUUCAUAUAGUGAGGAACGUACUUCCACAGAGGACUACACGACGAAAGUUCAAAGGAUUAAAAGUCCGGAAACGAAACCACGAAAUAUCGAAAUGGAUAUUUCGAGUUUAGAUGAAAAAAUGAAUAAUAAAGCUACACCAGUGGAUCAAAAACCACAGGUUAGGAAACCUGAACAGACUGUUACAAAACCCUCAGAUGAUAAGCCGGAAUGGGUUAGACAAAGAAAUUUGAAAAAAGUUAACGGAACGACUCCCUCGACCGUCACAAAACAGGCUACAACGAUAAAAACAACUAGGAAAGAGAAAAUUACUACUUCGCCUGUUAAGGAAGUUGAAGUUACGGAUCUGAUAACUUCCAGCUAUGGAGUGGGACCAACGGAUGAAAAUGGAACACCAUUGUUUGGCUUGCGGGCUUUGAGAGCGCAGAACAAAACUGAAACAACGAAAGUUCAAGGUACCCUGAUCAGAAGUGAAUUCUACUCCAAAAAUGGUAAUGAACCAAUUGGAGAAGUAAGUGUUACAAAAUAUUCUACCGAUCCAAGAGAUUUAGUACCAGACGAGGAAAGUGUAAAUAACAAGGGAAUAACAAGUAUCACCACUACACAAAAAUUUGGUUAUAAGGAUACCCCUUCAUUGAGAUCGAUUACUAAUACAAAAAAGGAGAUAACAAGGGAUAAUUCGCAAGUCUCUAGUAAAUCAAAAGUUACGAGAAAAAAUUCGGUUAAAGAGCUUUCGCAAAGGUUUAUUGACAAUGCAGUGGAAACUUUGAAGAGUGAAAGGCAAACAUCCUACCCAAAGGCAGGACUGAUUUUGCGAACUUCCAGCUUCAAAGAUAGAAACAGUGAAUCAGAUGACGAAGAAACUUCAUCAGCUUUCACAGAAAGCGAAAGUAUUACGAGAACAAGACCUGUAUCAGGAAAUACAUUCCUCGCUAACAAAACUCAUGUGUCGGGAGUCAAAGAUGUUAUAAAUAGAAUGAAGACUGAAGACUAUCAGGAUGAUGAUACGGAAGAAGAUAUCAAAGCAAGAGGCUUGUUGAACAGGUUCAUAGGAUCUCAAGUAAUUCUUUCAGGAAUGGAAUCCAGAGAAGGAACCCCAAAAACUACUGAUGCAAUCAAGAGAACCUUCAAAGUAACAACAACUACUGUGGAAGGUGGUAGGCCGAUAACGAGAACUCUAACGUUCCAGAGUCCUAUUACAGAAGAAGAAUUAGAAAAUAUUUGGGACGAGCAGACCCUUCGUCUUUUGCUCGAACAAAGUACUGAUUACGAGGAACGUCGCAUUAUCAGAACUAGGCUCCGUCAAAUUAUGGCCGAACAAGAAGCUUGUACAGAACUGGUAGAAAAGGCAAGUCAGGAACAGUCCAGUGGAUUAAUAGAGGAAAAUAUUAUUUCCACUCAGAACGUAGUUUCUGAAGGGCCUCAUACUACCACCACGCAAGUAACAAAAUUGACCACUAAACAAGAAAUAAGUAAAAAGCCAUUAUCACCAUUCACCAAAUUUCGUCAACUGGACAAACAAAACAGUAACAAUACACCACCAAGUACCCCAGGUACCCCAAAGACCCCCUUCGGCAGUGGCCCCCUUUUUAAAUUCACUGAUCCGGCCGUGAGCCAAUCCGCGAGCACCAUCAAAGAUCGCCUCUUGUAUUGGUGUAAAAUGAAGACUAAGGAGUACGAGAACGUACAACUAGACAACUUCUCGACCAGCUGGGCGGACGGAUUGGCAUUUUGUGCUCUCAUCCACCAUUUUCUGCCAGACGCUUUCGACUAUCAUACAUUAACGCCAAAAGAUCGAAGACAUAAUUUUGAACUUGCCUUCAAGGUUGCCGAUGAAAAGGCGGAUAUUUUCCCUCUGCUUGACGUGGAUGACAUGAUGGAAACUAGAAAGCCUGACUGGAAAUGUGUUUUCACUUAUGUACAGUCCAUUUACCGACGUUUCAAGGAUGAAGAAAUAUAGGUAUUAAUAAUAGGAACUAUUGUACCUACUCAGGAUAAAAGAUACAUUUCUGAACAAAUUUAUAAAUAAUGUUACAAAUAUUUUCAAGCAAAUCUCAUACUGGGUACAAACAUUAUUUCUUGAAUUAUAUAGAGUAAAUGUAAAUUUAUUUUGUUUUUGUCUAAUUAUUUAGGUAGUUUUUAUUGAAUAUCAUAGGUAGAUACACUGUGGUGCUUAAAAUAUUUAUGGAUUUGUUAAUUUUCCACUGUGAUUAGAAAAUGUAAUGGUCUAGCAUCUAGAGAAAAAAAACUCUAAGUUAAUCGUUAUAAAAAGUGAUAUUUCUAUACAUUUUUUAUCUUUCGUCUGUCCAGCUGUUUUUAAGUAGUUUUUGUAUGAGUUUAUAUUGCAUUAUUUUAUCUCCGCUUAUUUAUUUACUCACCUAUAUAUUUAAGAUGGGUUGUUGCUUUUGCCAUGUUGUCGCUAAUAAUUACCAAAUAAUUCUUUGAUUUGUCUGAUAUUAAUUGUCUAAUUAAUCCGUUUCCCAUGUGCUCUAAAUCACAUAUAUUAUAUGAAUAAUUUAUGAAAGAAUCAUAAUAAAGAAAUAAUAGUGAUAA